AUGCCUCUUGCAAAGGAAAAUGCCUUCAGCUUUGUAGACCCCAAAGUCAUUCUCAGAGCAUCUCACAUUAUACCUACCUUUUCUAGAGGCCAGCGUAGUCCUGACGGAAAUGGUCUUUCCCCUCUUGUGAAAGAUAAGGAUGACUGGCACAAGUAUUACAUCAACAGGGAAGAAAGUCUCAGGGAAAUUGCUGAAGGUGAGGAGGAUGAAGAGGAUGAAGAGGAGUAUGUUUGCAUCAAGGAGUUGACUUGUUUUCAGCAAGAACAAAAUGGAAGCACAGAAUCGCUCGUAGGCGCGCUUGACAAGAUGUUUACUAAUCACGAGUAUGAUUAUGAAAACUAA